AUUCUUUGCUCAGAUUUCAGGAAGUAAAGUGUGCUGUUUAUUCUCUUAAUCUCUCCUGUCCAACCCUCCCCUCCUGAUGUCCUGGGGGUCAGUGAUAGCAGAGGGUUUUGGGGCAUCCAGAAAUCUUGUAGGGCCCUGACACUUUUGAUCCUUGUGUGGAGUCCUGCCGGAUGUCCACUGGAGUGUGUCACAUCUUGGGACCUUUAGAGGAAUCUAGAGUGCGAGGCUGUGGCUGCUGUCUACCCUUCGAGAGGCCACUUGCCAGUAGCUGCUGAACAGCUCUGCAUUGUCUCUCCUGUUCCAGGAACACCUCGGUCUAGGAAGCAGAAGACAGGUGCUGUAGGAUUCUGUGUGCCCAGGACAUCUUCUAGAGAUGCCAUACUCCAACCUGCAUCCAGCCAUCCCACGGCCCAGAGGUCGCCGCUCCAAACUGGCAGCCUUGGUCUUGCUGGUGGCCAGCCUGAUGCUCCUUUGGGUGGCACAGGACCCAUCAAGAGACAUAGUGCAGUACCUAGUACUUCACCUAGCCUCGCAGCAACUUGGACUAUUGUUGAAAGAGCUCUGCUAUCUGGCUGAAGAGCUGUGCCAUGUCCAGUCCAGGUAUCAGGGCAGCUACUGGAAGGCUGUGCACUCCUGCCUGGGCUGCCCCAUCCGCUCUAUGGCCCUGUUGCUACUGUCGUCUUAUUUCUACUGUUCACUCCCACAUCCUGCUGACCUGAGCCUCAGCUGGAUGCUUGGCCUCCUGGGCCUCUCAAAGUCCAUAAGCAUCCUCCUGGACCUUCAGAGCUUGGCCCCAGCGGAAGUCUCUGCGGUCUGUGAAAAAAAGAACCUCAAUGUUGCCCACGGGCUGGCCUGGUCAUACUACAUCGGGUACCUGCGACUGAUCUUGCCAGGGCUCCAGGCUCGGAUCCAAAUGUUCAAUCAGCUACAUAACAACAUGCUCAGUGGCGCAGGGAGUCGGAGACUGUAUAUCCUCUUUCCGCUGGACUGCGGGGUGCCUGACGACCUGAGUGUGGCUGACCCCAACAUUCGGUUCCGAGAUAUGCUGCCCCAGCAAAGCAUCGACCGUGCUGGCAUCAAGAAUAGGGUUUAUUCCAACAGUGUCUACGAGCUUCUAGAGGAUGGACAGCCAGCGGGCGCCUGUAUCCUGGAGUACGCCACCCCCUUGCAGACCCUCUUUGCCAUGUCACAGGAUGCCAAAGCUGGCUUCAGUAGGGAAGAUCGGCUUGAGCAGGCCAAACUCUUCUGCCGGACACUCGAGGAGAUCCUGGCAGAUGUCCCUGAGUCUCGAAACAAUUGCCGCCUCAUUGUCUACCAAGAACCCGCAGAGGGAAACAGCUUCUCACUGUCUCAGGAGGUGCUCCGGCACAUUCGUCAGGAAGAAAAGGAGGAGGUUACCAUGAGUGGCCCUCCGACCUCUCUGGCACCUCGCUCCUCCGAACUGUCCCAGGAGCCGAGACUCCUCAUCAGUGAUACAGAUCAGCCCCGCCCACUCCGCACUGACUUCAUCUGAAGCACAGGACAGCCUUGCCUGGGCUCUGGUGAUCCUGACUGAGCCUUCCUUCAAUGGCUGGAGGCCUCAUAGAGACUUCGCAUGUCCAGAUGAGUCCCACAUUCCCAGGAAAGUCAUUUUACCUCUGACCUCAGCCUACCCUACUAUGAAAGGAGGCCAUGCUGUAGCCCCUGCUCACUCAUAGGGCUGUGAAGACUACAUGUAGAAGUUGGCUGUCAAUGCCUGGUAAACUUGAGAGAAAGACAGCUACAGUGGACUUACAUAUAAUAAUAAGUAAAUCUUUGGGCUGGAGCAAGUGGGGCCAGAGCAAGCUGAGGUCCUGAGUUCAAUUCCCAGCAGCCACAUGGUGCCUCACAACCAUCUGUAAUGGGAUCUGAUGCCCUCUUCUCAUGUGUCUGAAGGCCUCUACAGUGUAUCCAUAUAAAUGAAAUAAAAUAAAAUAAGAUAUUGUGUUCCACAAUA